UAGUACCAAUCAGUUGGAAGAUUGAAAGUUUAAUUCCAAAUUUAAAUCAAGUGAAUUCUUAGUACUUUUUACUAAACUCGAAUUUUUUAAGAUAAAUUUGUCGAGAGUUGGUAGAAAAAUACCAUUUGUGCUUUGAUAUUGUAGUGUGUCCUAAAUUCAGGACCAUCAAGCCCGUCAACGUGGGCGGUUAGUGCGGAGUGACUACGGACCGGCGUCUGCGUGAGCUACGUGCGUCGUAGUUUGAAUCGCCAACCGACGCUACGCCUAGAGGACGUCGAUUGAUCCGUUCGUCCUUAGAACGAAAGCUCACCUCUCGUCACCUUGCUGUUGCGACAGCCGCAUGCAACAUAAAUCGGCGCGUGUGACACGACUCGUACGCCAAUAAGUCGCGUGGUGUCGACCGUGUUCUCUCAAAACGGAAACACUCCACAGAACUAGGGGAUAUCUGUACCCCGAAAAGGACACCUGCGCGCGAGUCUGGUGAGUGGUGCACUUGGUUGGACCCGUGGCAAGACGACUUUGACGCACUGGUGGGUGAAUUUGGCUUUGCAGUAACCGUUGGAGGACAGUGUCGCGUCGAGAGUUUGGCCGUGUCUUCUGCAAACCUGAGGACAUCCAACACGGGAUUCUCCGAAGAAAAGAUAUUGUUCAACCAGCAACGUGUGAUCUCAAACGCAUCUUUGAGCUCCAACACUCGACAUAGCCGGGUAUCGCCAUCACCUUCAUUCACGUUAUCCAGCUGUGAGGAGACUUUGCAACACUCGCGAGCUCACUCUCCGAGCUCCACGCCGGGUGCUCAUCGCGAGUGUCACUUCCCCUUCUGGUCCCCAACGAAGUACUGCGCGCCAUAUAAAAGCGUGAUUCUUACCGGACGCUCUCUUGCGUACGCUUAACAAGUUCGGCGUCGUCGAAUCGGACGCCACCAGCAGCACAAUACCACAAACCGCGGACGUGUUUUAUUUCUCGAUUUACAUAUCGUAUAGUACCCUCACCCUCAUCAGGGAAAAAUCUCUCUCUCGUCUCGUGGGGUGCUCACUUGGGGUUUUCUCACUGCGCGAAUCGGUACUACUCACGCCGGCCCACUUGCUCCCCCGAAGAUUCGCGGCGCGACUCUGCUGCAGCUGCUGCUGAUCCAAAAAGGCAGCCCUAGUGGCCAACCAGUGCCAGUGUGCUUUCAGUGUGAUUCAGUGCCUCAACGUCUUCGCCAGCAUCACGCUCUCGCCCCAAGGCGAAGCAACAGCACCAGAACGAACCACUACGCUUGGUGGUGAACGGCUUGGACGACGACGACGACGCAGAAGAAGACGACGUCGCUCACAGGUUUCGGUUCGAGCAGACUGAAGAAAAUCCAGAAAAGCAGAAAAGAAGAAGAUUAGUAAGAAACCGAAAAGGAUAUUUUCCCCGCUAGCAACUGCGACCAACAGCCCAGUGUGUGAACACUAACCGUGUGGUGUGUACGAACGGUUCCCAGACCCCUUUUUGGUGAAUGUGUAGUUCAAGUGUUCGUUGAUCGGGAGCGAAGAAUUCGGAAGAUUUCGGUACAAAACCGGGUCCGCGCGGCCGGGAAGAUCGACGAGAAGGUUGUUUCGUGGAUUUUUCUCGUAGUGUUAAGGUUUUUUUUCGUUCCGGAUUCGGUCCGGAUAGUUUCGAGUUUUUUUUUUCACGAACUGCGCAGUGAACAGACCGUAGAGGGCGGUUAAGAGGGCGCACACAGACACAUACAAACACGCACGCAGCGGAACGGGGAAAAUAUGGUGAAGUUCUUUGCCUUAAUUGGCGUCCUGGCACUUGUGGCUUCGGCCACGGCCACCGGGCGAACGAAGCGACAGUCGGACGAACCCAAGAAGGAAGAGUCAUUCGAAAAAGAGCUUUGCAAGGACAAAGACGCCGGUGAAUGGUUCCGAUUGGUAGCCGGCGAGGGCGACAACUGCCGUGACGUCAUCCAGUGCACAUCGUCGGGCCUGCAAGCCAUCCGAUGCCCGGCCGGUCUGUACUUUGACAUCGAGAAGCAGACGUGCGACUGGAAGGACGCCGUCAAGAACUGCAAGAACAAGAACCGCGAGCGAAAGGUCAAGCCCCUGCUCAUUACCGACGAGCCGCUCUGCCAGGACGGGUUCCUGGCCUGCGGCGACGGUAACUGUAUCGAGCGGGGUCUGUUCUGUAACGGUGAGAAGGACUGUACCGAUGGUUCGGACGAGAACUCGUGCGAUAUCGAGAGCGAUCCCAACCGCGCGCCACCCUGCGAUCCCACCGUGUGCGUGCUGCCCGAUUGCUUCUGCUCCGAGGACGGUACCACCAUUCCCGGGGACCUGCCCGCGAAGGACGUCCCGAUGAUGAUCACCAUCACGUUCGACGAUGCCAUCAACAACAACAACAUCGACCUGUACAAGGAGAUCUUCAACGGCAAGCGCAAGAACCCGAACGGGUGUGACAUCAAGGCGACUUAUUUCAUCUCGCACAAGUACACCAACUACUCGGCCGUUGCCGAGACGCACCGCAAGGGACACGAAAUCGCCGUGCACUCCAUCACCCACAACGAUGACGAACGCUUCUGGUCCAACGCUACCGUCGAUGACUGGGCCAAGGAAAUGGCCGGUAUGCGUAUCAUCAUCGAAAAGUUCGCCAACCUGACGGACAACUCGGUGGUCGGAGUCCGUGCCCCAUAUCUGCGAGUCGGUGGAAACAACCAGUUCACCAUGAUGGAAGAGCAGGCUUUCCUGUACGAUUCGACCAUCACCGCUCCGCUGUCCAACCCUCCACUUUGGCCGUACACCAUGUACUUCCGUAUGCCUCACCGCUGCCACGGUAACCUGCAGAGCUGCCCAACCCGUUCGCACGCCGUCUGGGAAAUGGUCAUGAACGAACUGGAUCGCCGAGAGGACCCGAACAACGACGAAUACCUCCCUGGAUGCGCUAUGGUUGACUCUUGCUCCAACAUCCUGACCGGAGACCAGUUCUACAACUUCCUGAACCAUAACUUCGAUCGUCACUACGAACAGAACCGUGCCCCACUGGGACUGUACUUCCACGCUGCCUGGCUCAAGAACAACCCCGAGUUCCUCGACGCCUUCGUGUACUGGAUCGAUGAGGUGCUGUCCAACCACAACGAUGUGUACUUCGUCACCAUGACCCAGGUCAUCCAGUGGAUCCAGAACCCACGUACGGUAUCCGAAGUCAAGAACUUCGAACCAUGGAGGGAGAAGUGCGCCGUCGAGGGCAAGCCAGCCUGUUGGGUGCCUAGCUCGUGCAAACUGACCUCCAAGGAAGUUCCCGGAGAAACCAUCAAUCUGCAGACUUGCGUGCGUUGCCCCAACAACUACCCAUGGGUCAACGAUCCCACCGGUGAUGGUUUCUUCUAAGCCCAGUCCGAAGUAUUUGCGAGGGGCUCAAACUCUACCUUAGGAAACUUCUAGCUAACUCCUUUUUUUCUGACCGUUAUCUGCUUUGAACUAUUUUAACUAUGAUUUUUACAACAUACCUAGACUAUCGUUAAGCCCCUCGUUUGCCUCACCCUCUAAUCAGCUCCUUUGUUGAAUGGAACAGAAAAAAAAGACUUGAUAAGGUAGAACCCCCAUCAAAAUCAAAUCAUCUAACAAGCCGGGGUUUCUGUGAAAUGUUCGAACAUAGUGAAAUGUGAAAUCAAUGAAUCGCGCGAUAAACCAACAUCAUCAUUGAAAGACAUGGAAAGGCCUAGGACGAUUCCCUCACGAGAAGAACCCCUCUCAAAACAAUCUCUCUCAAUAAAACAACAUCCAUCAACAACACCGAACCAACAACAUCUUCUCGUGACCUGGGGAACGCCCAAUCAAGAUUCGAAUGGAGAUACUUGAGAGAACAAAAACAUGCUGUGGAUAUAUUUUUUGUGUCGUUUUUAAUUUAAUUUAAUUAUGAAAGCAAAUGAAAACAAAAAACAAUCGCAAUCCUUAUUGUAAUUGAAGUAAAAUGAAAUGUUUAUAUUUUUUAAACGUAUUAUUAUGUUUUGAAACGACAUUUUAACUUUAAUUGCUGCCUUACUCUUCUCCAAGCUAUACAUUUUUUAUAUUUGUGUAAAAUGUAAAUACUGUUCAACUGCCUAAUUUUAAGUGAUCUUACUUGAUAGAACAAAAGCAAAUGGCGAAAGACAACGAACAAAACUCACUUUUUAUUAGCACUUUGACUGUAAAACGUUAGGGUAGUGAUUUGAAUUGUUCUUCCAAAAUCUACUACAAGUUAUUUUUCGGAUGAUUCCUUCCAAGUUAGGCUCUUCAUCGAGUAAGACCAACGUUCGAAAAGAAACCCUUAAAGAAGGGCGAAAAAUUGCAAAAAAAAACAUGAAAAGAUCUGAAAACACAAGAAAAAAAGUUUUGGAAAAAGAAAAUUCACCGAAAAUGUAAACGUUUUGACUCCCCCCAGUAAAGAAGGGGGUUUUACUCAUCGUAAUAAGUAAUAAAUUAAAAAUUUAAUAAAAACUGAAAA